UCCAACAAAAUGGUGAAGAAUAUAGAUGUUGAGAUGAAGGACACUUCAAGUCCUAAAAAGAACGCAGAGAAAUCUGAAACUAACGGAGUCACUGAAGAGCCCAAAAAAGACCCUGAUCUUUUGACCCUAGAGGACAUCAGAGAGCAUGUACGCCAUAUAGAAAAGGCCGUUGCUACCAAGGAACCACGGUAUAUAUCUCGUGUCAUCCGAGGUCUGGUUUCGAUCAGACGUCGCUUGAAUCCUGCCGUGCUACGGAAACUUUUGCAAGGUUAUUUAAAUUCUCAGGUUGCUCUGAAAGAGGAAUUAUUAGAAUUUGUAGUGGAUUCAGGACCGGAGCCCAAUGGAAUUGCUUCUUUUAGGCCAAAGUCCGGAAAAGCAGCAGCAUUGCUGCCAGAGGUGGAAACUUAUCUCCAUUUGCUAGUUGUGAUUUACCUCAUUGAUCUAAAGAAAUAUCCGGAAGCAGUGAAAUGUGCAGAAUCCUUAGUCCAAAAGGUCUCCGUUCAAAAUCGUCGAACUCUUGACAUGCUAGCUGCCAAGUGUUAUUUCUACUAUUCUAGAGCUUAUGAGCUUACUCAACAGUUGGAUAAGAUUCGAACAUUUCUACAUGCUCGUCUUAGAACAUCCACGCUGCGAUCAGAUUUUGAGGGUCAAGCUAUGCUUCUGAAUUUGCUCCUUAGGAAUUACCUGAAUUUCAACCUCUUUGAGCAAGCAGAUAAGCUGGUCUCAAAGUCAACUUUUCCUGAGAGUGCCUCAAAUAAUGAAUGGGCACGCUUCCUGUAUUACAUGGGCCGAAUUAAGUCUGCUCAACUGGAGUACUCAGAGGCACAGAAAUAUCUGCAACAGGCACUGAGGAAGGCCCCUCAACACAGCGCUGUAGGAUUCAAACAAAUUGUGCAGAAGCUCUGUAUCACUGUUGAGCUGUUAAUGGGAGAUAUUCCUGAUCGGCAUCUCUUCAGACAUCUCUCCAUGAGGAAAACGCUGGCUCCCUACUUCCAGCUCACACAGGCUGUGCGAACAGGAAAUCUGGCUAAGUUUAAUGAAGUUCUUGCUAAAUUUGGUGCAAAGUUCCAAGCAGAGGACACAUACACACUGAUUAUAAGACUGCGACACAAUGUGAUCAAAACAGGCAUUCGCAUGAUCAAUCUGUCAUAUUCUCGCAUUUCUCUCACAGACAUUGCCCAGAAGCUGAUGUUAGACAGCCCUGAAGAUGCUGAAUAUAUCGUCGCUAAGGCUAUCCGUGACGGUGUGAUCGAGGCAAAUAUCGACCACGAGAAAGGCUACGUUCAGUCGAGAGAAACCAGUGACGUGUACACGACCCGCGAACCAAUGGCUGCCUUUCACAGUCGUAUCACUUUCUGUCUUGACAUUCAUAAUCACUCUAUCAAAGCCAUGAGGUUUCCCCCCAAGUCCUACAACAAAGAUUUAGAGUCGGCAGAAGAGAGACGUGAACGAGAGCAGCAGGAGUUGGAGAGUGCUAAAGAAAUCGCCGAUGAGGACUUUGACGGAUUUCCAUGAAUUUGGUGUGUGUAGCUACACAAUGUCUUCAAUAGAUACACAUUUCAAUUAUUGUAUUUUCAGUAUAACUGUGAUUAAAAUAAAAACAGAUAAAAAUUCUAAAA